AUGGAGCGCCCGCCCGCUUCGUCGUCGACAGGCACGCACGACGGGCUGCCAAGGCGCCCGUCACGUGCAUCGACCAGCACACGUCUCGCCCAUGUCGUCCAGGUGCAAGACCCGCGGCGCGUGCUCGAGUGCUCCCAGGCCGAGCGACAGCGCCACUUCCAGGCUCUCGUGCGCCAUUUCCUCUCCCAGAUGCUCCAUGGCUGUAAGAGCGCCUACUGCACCACCCCCACCUGCUUCUCGUCCCACCGCCGCAACCCCUCCAAGCCCCUCCGUCCGCCUACGCACCUUACUGCCACCGCCCUCGCCCACUACCUCGCCAGCCAGGACAACCCCCAGCGAGCCCUCUGUCCCCACGAGCUUAAGGUAGCCCCCGCUUCUUUUGAGUUUGAGGGUACCCUUGCACAUCCGGCGCAUGGUUUGGAGCAAGACCCUGUUGUAUAUUCGUCAGCGGGGCACCAGGGACAGCAACAGGGAGACGCGCGGAUCCAAAAUGACCAGGCCCGCCGCCACUCGAGACAACAUGAUAACACCAUGAGCGAACUCACACGGCGGCAACAGGCUAGGAAAGAUCCCAGGGCGCUCGGCCAGAACUUGUACGACAGCUUGAGCAUGAUAUAUUCUUAUACUAAGCAAAUACCCAACUCCGCCUCUGUACUCGCUUCCCUCGACCCCUCCCAUGGCGCCUCUUCCCAGGAUGGGGAUUGUUCCCGGCCAAGCCUGAGUGAAGGAGGCUCAAGUGCCGAGCAUCUGUCAAAUCCAAACCAGUCCACUGGCCCGGCACUCGCAAAUGGAAAGCCUCGUACAGCCAACCAGCAUUCGCAACCCAAGGCUAGAACUCAUGAUAAUGUGACAACAGGCAAUACGACUGCCCAGGUCGUUCGUAAUGGUCAACAGAUUCACAGGAUACCCUACCAUCCCCCUAACAGUCUCACGCGCAAGCAAUCCACCACGGCCACAGACGCUACUCCAACCGACGGAACACCAGAGCCCACAAUGCUUUCAAUUUCAAAAUCCGGGAGGAAGAGCUUUACCAUUGGAGGGAUGAAACCAGCUACUCCAAGCACCAAAACAACUGCCUCUAACGCAGAGACUCCUAAGAAGGAGCCUAUCAACGGGGUCCAUGCAAAUCACGGCGUGUAUGUCUUGCCUAUUUUGAGUUGCAGUAUCAUGGAUGAAUUCAAGGAACAAGUGCGUCCGCGUGGAAGGGAUAGGCCUGCAUACCUCAACAUUGUACACUAUGACGCUCAUUCAAGUCGACCAACAAAGCCGAUUGUAAAUCGAUCCCUGUUCUACGCGCUGAGCGACCCUGAGACACUACUUUUAUCUUUUCAUGACAGCAAUCAGGCAUUCAAGGACUCGCCGCUUCCACAUCUUGACUCGCACCGAUUGGUGAAUUCUUUCCGCGACUGGAGCCACCGAAAUGGUGCGCUUAUAUUUGACAGCUUGUGGUUGGCAUUGGAGGCUGUUUUUGUGCCGCCCCCUGAGCUCGGUCUUCACAAGAGCCCUCGUUUAAAACCAUCGAGAAAGGGUGCCUCGUCUGAAGACUGGCCUGAGGAAACCCAAGUCAACAAAAAAGCAAUCUUAUCGCGCUACCUCAGCACCCAAGAAGCUGCGCAUAUCGUUAUGAUAUGUAUACACGCUCUGACCUCGUCAGUGCCAAUAGGUUCGCCACACGUAUGGGCACAGAUACGCAAGUUACGAUCGUGGGGUAUCAUUAUACCUCACGAGGCUUCAGACACAGGCAGUUUUACGCAGCAUUCCAUGGACAUUAUCGACGCGCUUGAGCAUGAGCCUGCAUUUCGUCUUGCAAAUCGCUUGUGUCGCGCAAUUGGAAUGCGUUGCUGCUUCGAACAUAUUCUUGGAAGCUUGAACCCUGGCGAUGCAGAGUCUCCAGCGACCGACCAGUCCCUAUUACAUGUACUGGCGCAGCACCUCGAAGUAGUCGAGCGUGUUGAAUUAGCCAACAAACGCAUACUGAACCCUGACCAGGACAUGGAGGGUGACCCGGGUUGGACCGUAUCUGCUACUUUUAUGGAAUGGCUGCGAAGCGUCAUCAUCAAAGAAUGGGACUCCAAGGCUGAGAUCAACAAGUGGAGCAGUGUUGGUUCUGCCGUGAUCACCCUGGAUAAUCUUUACUCGAGAUACCAUCCUCUCAAUCUAUGUCCUAGCAUGUUUGAAUUGCCCAUCUUGAGCGAGCGCCUUAAUCCGGUGCAAGAACCUGCCGCAUUCAUUGCAUGGGAAAACCAGCCCAACACCUUCCACGUUAUGCAGUAUCCCUGCCUAUUCUCCACGCAGCAUCUCGUCGCCUACUUUCGUACAAUCAACUUUUCUGAAAUGAUGAGCCACUAUGACCAUACCAUGAGGACCCAGCAGAUGCAAGCCUCGCUCAAAAUAUUCCUUCGAGAGCCGUAUUGGUGGGUGAUCAAGAGUCGCAUGAAGGUUACGCUUAGUGAAUACUUGGUCCUGGAUGUCAGUCGAGAAGACCCCCUAAAGGAUACGCUGGAUCAGCUAUGGGGUCAAGAUAAGAGAGUGUUACUCAAGCCGCUCAAGGUAAAAAUGGGCCAUGACGAGGGAGAGAUCGGAGUCGAUCAUGGGGGCGUAACCUAUGAGUUCUUCCGCGUGAUUCUUGGUGAGGCCUUUAAACCUCAGCAUGGCAUGUUCACGAUUGAUUCACAGACCAGAAUGACCUGGUUUCAACCCAAGAGUUUGGAACCACUGUGGAAGUUUGAGAUGCUUGGCAUACUGUUCAGUCUUGCUGUGUACAAUGGCAUCACGCUUCCAGUCACCUUCCCAUUAGCGUUUUACGAAUAUCUCCAAACUACCGGCAAUCCUUGCUGCACUUGCUCUACCGAUUACGAUGCCGUGGAGUUUAUCCGAGAUGGUUGGCCAACCCUGGCCGAGAGCUUUGAACAAUUACUAUUGUGGAACAAUGGCGACGUGGAAGACAUAUUCAUGCGCGAAUACGUCUUUAGCUACGAAGUCUUUGGCAGGCGAAUCGACCACAAUCUCAAGCAUCCAUUCGCUACUCCAAGCACCACAUCAUCAGCGCCUCAGGACGAAACCCCCAGCGAAGAGCCAGCCAUGGUCACCAACGCCAACCGUGACCACUACGUCCGCGACUACGUCCGCGCCCUAACCCACGACAGCGUCGCCCCGCAGCUCUCCUCCUUCCUCCAAGGCUUCCUCACCUGCAUCAACGCCAAAAGCCUACAUCUCUUCACACCCACCACUCUCCGCGCCCUCAUCGAAGGCACCCAGCACAUCUCCAUCUCGGACCUCAAACGCUGCGUCAAAUACGAAGACGGCUACUCACCCACUCACCCCACCAUCCAGUUCUUCUGGUCCACCGUCGAGCAAUACUCCCAGCAAGACCGCAGACACCUCCUCGAAUUCGUCACUGCCUCCGACCGCGUCCCCGUCACGGGCUACGAAGGCAUCACGUUCUAUAUUUCGAAAAUUGGGGGCGCGCCUCAUGCACUGCCGAGCAGCUCCACGUGCUUUGGGAAGUUGUAUCUGCCAGAGUAUAGGGAGAGGGAGGUUAUGGAGAAGAAGGUUUUGCUCGCGAUUCGCAGUUCGAGGGGGUUUGGGCUCGUGUAG